UCCGAAGGUUUUGGCGCUCUGCACCGUACACUCAAAGAACGAACGGUAACCAUUGCCGCCUUCUUUCUUCCCUCACAACGUUUCUGCAUUUCAUUUCCUCUCAUCGCUCUCUCUAUCUCUCUCUCUGCUCUCAAUUCUUCUUAUACACAGACCAUAUACCUAACAACGUUGAGAAGAAUCAAUCAUCGAAAUUAACUACCAAUCCAGUUUUCAUUUUCCCGCCAAAUCAAACAUGCCUUCACCAUUCCGACGAAGAAGAAGAUUAGCACCGUGAAUUACUUCUAUUAAAAACAAACGGUUAAAGUGUGUUUUAAAGGGAGAAGAAAAUGGCAACUCUAGUCGAUAUUGGCGUUUCUGCUGGCAUCAAUCUGUUUUCCGCAACUAUGUUCCUUUUAGCGUUUGCAGUGUUGCGACUUCAGCCUUUCAAUGAUAGGGUUUACUUCCCAAAAUGGUAUCUGAAGGGGAUAAGAAGCAGCCCAACAAAUUCCAGAUCAAUUGUCAAGAAAUUUGUUAACCUUGACUUUGGAACCUACAUUAGGUUCCUCAAUUGGAUGCCUGCAGCAUUGCAUAUGCCUGAACCUGAGCUUAUUGAUCAUGCAGGCCUUGACUCUGCCGUCUUUAUUCGUAUUUAUAUUCUUGGUGUCAAAAUAUUUGCCCCAACUACCCUACUGGCUUUUAUGGUUUUGGUUCCCAUUAACUGGACUGGAAAAACUUUGGAAGCACCAGCAGCCAAGGGUCUGACAUUUAGCGAUAUUGACAAGCUUUCAAUAUCGAACAUUCCAUUUGGAUCAAAAAGGUGCGCUAAUCCAUUUGACAAAUUUGUUCAAGCUCUAUAUUACUCCCUUUUCCCUAACACACCACAAAUAUUAUUGAGAAUUGAAGGAGUUAUAUAUUUUGCUAGUAAAAUAGUACAUUGUAAAUUUGAUUUUUGUCUUUUAUUCUAG